AUGUCUUAUGUGCCCAAUCUGGUGAAGACUGAGCAAGAUCAGGAUAAUUACUCUGAGGAAGGGCUUCGAAAUGAAAUCAGAGAUCGUAUGACAGUAAUGGGUAAGGAGCCGUAUAAAGAGGUUGUACAGAUGGCUCUAUGGACUGAGAAGCUCGGGACUGAGUAUAGGAGAAUUCAGGUUGAGUUUGCUAAGAGGAGGAAUCUGAAUACAUCUUUCUGUCAGCCAUCGAAAAAGGGGAAAGAUUCAUUUGCUUCAAGGAGCGCUACCACUGCCUCCGUAGCAUCUACCCGACCCUCAUCUCAACAGCAACAAUCUUAUGUGAGCACGACAUUUGCAUCCUUUUCUGAUAGGAAUCUGUUACCUUUAGAGGAGGAAAUUGUAGUUCAUACCCCUCUAGGAGAGCAGUUGGUUAGAAACACUUGUUAUAGAGAUUGUGGAAUAAGGGUUGGUGAGGAAAAAUUCAAGGCUGAUUUAAUUCCCUUAGAAAUCCAAGAUUUUGAUUUGAUAUUGGGUAUGGAUUGGUUGACUACACAUCGAGCAAAAGUGGAUUAUUUUAGGAAGGAAGUUGUACUUCAAAAUUCUAAGGGAGUAGAGGUUGUAUUUGCAGGGGAACGUCGAGUAUUUCCAUCCUAUGUAAUAUCAGCUAUCAAAGCUUUAAAACUAGUGCAAAAAGGGUAUCCAACUUAUCUAGCACAUGUGAUUGAUACCUUAAAGGGGAAACCUAAGUUAGAGGAUGUCCCAAUAGUAUAUGAGUUCUCUGAUGUGUUUUCGGAUGAAUUACCGGGACUACCUCCUGAUCGAGAGUUGGAAUUCUCUAUUGAUUUAAUUUCGGGUACCGCACCUAUUUCCUUUCCUCCGUAUCGGAUGGCUUCGACAAAAUUAAAGGAGUUGAAAGUCCAACUGGCUGGGUAUCAUCAGUUGAAGAUCAAGGAGCAAGAUGUACCCAAGACUGCUUUCAGGACUCGUUAUGGGCAUUAUGAGUUUCUGGUUAUGCCUUUUGGUCUGACUAAUGCCUCAACAGUUUUUAUAGACCUCAUGGACAGGGUGUUCCACUCGUACUUGGAUAAAUUUGUGAUAGUAUUCAUAGAUGAUAUCCUAGUGUAUUCGAAGGAUGAUGAUGAACAUGCUACUCAUUUACGCAUUUUGAAGGAAGUGGUUUUCUUGAGACAUGUUGUGUCUGGAGCUGGAAUUUAUGUCAAUCCCAAGAAGAUAGAGGCAAUCUUACAGUGGGAGAAAACAAAAAUGGUAAUAGAAAUUCAGAGUUUUCUUGGUUUAGCCGAUUAUUAUAAUAGGUUCGUUCAAGGGUUCUCAUUGAUAGCUGCUCAUCUGACUCGUCUAACUCGUAAAGGAGUCAAGUUUGAGUGGGAUGAUGUUUGCGAGAGUCGGUUUCAGGAGCUAAAGAACUGGUUAAGCUUCGCUCUCGUUUUGACACUUCCUAUUAGUGGGAAAGAAUUUGUGGUGUACAGUGAUGCCUCUAAAUUGGGAUUAGGGUGCGUGUUAAUGCAAGAUGAGAAAGUAGUAGCUUAUGCUUCUUGGCAGCUAAAAAAGCAUGAGACGAAUUACCCUACCCACGAUUUGGAGUUGGCAACAGUAGUCUUUGCAAUGAAAAUCUGGAGGCAUUACUUAUAUGGGAUCCAGUCGAGUAAUGACGAGGAUGGAACCCUAUUUGCUAUCUUUGUUGUGAGACCCUCAUUGUUGAACCAAAUUAGAGAAUUGCAAAAGUCUGAUGAUGAGUUGAAACGGGAAGUACAAAAGUUACGAUAUGGAGAAACUAGUGAGUUCAAACUUGGUGAUGAUGGUAUUUUGAUGCUUGGGAAUCGGGUUUGUGUCCCUAAAGAUGAUCAGUUGAGAUGA